AUGAAGGCUCACAGCAGGGAGGUCGGAGUGUUUGUCCGAAUCAGACCAACGGCGAACUUCUCUAAAGACCUCAUUGAAUGUCUUCCUGACGGACAGACGGUGAACAUCCAUCACUGGAAAGACUCCAAGCUGCUCCAUGAAAGAAAGAAGAGUCAGCUGAGCUCCCAGUCGUUCAGGCUGGAAGGCGUCCUGCAGGAUGUAUCCCAAGAAGAAGUGUACACCCAGGUGUGCCGACAGGUGGUACUGAGAGCACUGGAUGGCUAUAAUGGUUCUGUGAUGUGUUUUGGGCAGACAGGUUCAGGAAAGACUUACACCAUGACAGGAUCCAAGGAAUCAUACAAGGAGAGAGGACUCAUCCCUCGGGCCCUUCAGGAGGUGUUUCUGGAAGUCGAGAAAAGGACUGAGUAUGCCUUCACUGUGCACCUGUCCUACCUGGAGAUCUACAAUGAGACCCUGGUAGACUUGCUAUCAUCGCUGCGGGGGUCCAUAUGCCCGUCUCAACGAGGUAUGGUGGUGAUGGAGGAGCCAGGCAGGGGUGUGUUCAUCCGAGGCCUGUCGCUUCAUCCUGUUCACAGGGAGGAGGAGGCUCUGAACCUAAUGUUUGAGGGUGAGAUGAAUCGCAUUAUUGGUUCUCAUGCCUUGAACAGGAACUCCUCCAGGUCCCACUGCAUCUUCACUGUGCAUUUAGAGUCUCACUCGCGCACUCUGUCUGAUGCCAAGUAUGUCAGCUCCAAGCUGAAUCUGGUGGAUCUGGCCGGGUCAGAGAGGCUGGGAAAGACUUGGUCAGAGGCUCAGAUGUUAAAGGAAGCCGUGUAUAUCAACAAGUCCUUGUCGUUCCUGGAGCAGGCCAUCCUUGCCCUGGCAGACCGUCGCAGAGACCACGUUCCCUUCAGGCAGUCUAAACUCACACAUGCCCUCAAAGACUCAUUAGGAGGGAACUGCAACACUGUGCUUAUGGCCAACAUCUACGGUGAGGCUGCACAGAUAGAAGAAACACUUUCUACUCUGCGGUUUGCCAGCAGGAUGAAGUGUGUCCGGACUGAGCCCAUUGUUAAUGAACACAUGGAUCCAGCAAUUCAGAUCAAGAAACUACAAAAGGAUGUGGACAUGCUGAAGGAGGAACUAUCCAUGCACAACACACUAGUGAACAGGCAGGGAAUCACAUAUGAGCCGUUGUCUGAGGCCCAGCUGGCCGAGAUCAAAAGUCAGGUUCAGAGGUACCUAGAGGGAAGCCUCAAGGAAAUCAGUAUCCUAAGUGUCAGGCAGGUCCAAGCUGUGUUUUCCCAAUUCAAACUCGCUGUCAGGGAACAGGAGCAGAAGGUGAAGGCCGAGCUGUGCCAGGCCUACGACUUGACGGAGAGCUCAAAGGAACACUAUGGUUACGCUGCUGCUGACAAGCUUUGGGGUGUCGCUCAGUCAUCCAAAAAUGUCCAUCACCUGAGUUCCACCAGAGUCCAAACAAAGAAGACCAAGGACAAACAGGGGUGAGUCAAAACCAAAAGACAGGGAGCGGGAAGUCCAGUUAUGAAGAAGCAUUUGGAGAGUGCCUCCAAAUCAACACUGAAUUCUGUCCAGAUGUUUGAGAGGGAACAGGCAGCACUAGAACCAGACACAGAGAGCCAGGACACACAGGAAUCACAAGCUCCUGGCAGCGAACCCAUCCACCCAAACUCUCCUCCUUCAAAAGCCGAUGCCUUUGAGGAUUUUAAGCUGAGACAAGGCAGCAUGAUCAACAGCAUCCUGAAGGAGAACAAGGCCGUGCUGCUGGAACGUCGCAGUCUUCUCCGACAACUCACCGAGGAGGUCAAUGCUGUCAAGAGUGAGAUAGACUGCAUCACAGCCACCAUGCAGCAGAACAACGAGUUGAGAAAAGGUCAAUACAUGGUUACGGGGGAACAACCACUGCAGCAGGAGCCAGAUGCCACUUCAUUGAUGCAGCUCAGAGAGUUGAAAGCGCUGUACCGACAGAGAUAUGAAGUGCUGCGUGACAUCAAAGCAGAGGUUAACUACUGUCAGCAUCUUGUGGAUCAGUGCAGGGUGCGCCUGCUCUCCGAAUUUGAGAACUGGUAUGAGAAGUCUUACCUGUUACCUGACGAAGAGCUGGACGUACUUUUGGAGAAGACUCAGAAACAUGAAGAGAAUAGUCACUGUCUGCCACACGAGCUUCUUCCUGAUAGCAGCAGCUCUGACUCUUUCUACAACGCCCGCUACAGAACACUGAAGAGAGUGACGGUGCUCUCCACUCCAGUGCUGAGGAACUCAUCUGCAGGACAGAGAAGACUUCCUUCAAUUCAACCGCUUACCUAAGUCAGUUUUUUUAAAUAUAUAAACUGAAGCUGUAAAGUACAGCCUCUACAUGUGCAAAGUGGGAACCGG